CCUGGGGCGCUGAUGAUGUGCUGAAAGGCUGCCCGCUGUUUAGCGCUUCUAUCGCUUCUAAAUUCGGCUUUUGGAGCUUGCUUGGCACUUUCUGAUGAGAAGGAAAACACCAGCGACGGCUUACUGUGUGGAGUCUGCCAGCAGUUAUCACAAGCGUUGAUGUGCAGUGUCAUGAUGAUGUCAUACUUGCCUUUUUUCUUUGGCCCAGUGCAUGACCUUUGACAACGGACCAACGGGGAGCCAAUGGGGAAGAGGUCCUAGCCUCAUCAAGGACCAAAGCCUCUGGACUCCUGAUCAGCACUUUUUACCCACAACAUCAAAACACCUCAUCUCCAGUGGAAGAAGCAUUAUUGAUUUGUGUACAUGGGACAGGACACCUCCACUUGGGCACGUGGAGGUGUUAAAGAGCUCUUUCAUUCAUUUAUCCGUUUUUGGUCUAAUUUUCACAUUUUCUCCUGGUUGGUUUAAGUCCGGUUCUGCCGGCUGUGUGACUUUCAAAACUGGGGCGUGAUUGAUGGGAUGCAACCAUGUCGGAUCUCGGUGAGCGCAGGCCAGUCAACACGGACUAUGCGGUCUCUCUGCUGGAGCAGCUCAAGUUCUUCUAUGAACAGAAAUUACUGACUGAUGUUGUGCUGCUGGUUGAGGACAAGGAGUUCCCGUGUCACAAGAUGGUGCUGGCCACAUGCAGCUCCUAUUUCAGGGCCAUGUUCAUGAGCGGCCUCAGCGAGAGCAAACAGACCCACGUCCACCUGAGGAAUGUAGACCCUGCCACCCUGCAGAUCAUCAUCACGUACGCCUACUCGGGCAACCUGGCCAUCAGCGACAGCACAGUGGAGCCACUCUACGAGACCGCCUGCUUCCUACAGGUGGAGGACGUGUUGCUGCAGUGCAGAGACUAUCUGGUGAAGAAGAUAAACGCCGAGAACUGCGUCCGCAUGCUGAGCAUUGGUGACCUCUUCAGCUGUAACGAGCUGAAACAGAGCGCCAAGCGAAUGGUGGAGCACAAGUUCCCAAUGGUCUACCGACAGGAAGCUUUUCUUCAGCUUUCCCACGAGCUGCUAAUAGACAUCCUGAGCAGUGACAACCUCAAUGUAGAAAAGGAGGAGACUGUGCGAGAAGCAGCGAUGUUGUGGUUGGAAUACAACAUGGAAGCACGUUCCCAACACUUGUCCUCUGUACUCAGUCAGAUCCGCAUUGAUGCUCUGUCUGAGGUGACACAGCGUGCCUGGUUCCAGGGCCUGCCACCCAAUGACAAGUCUGUGGUGGUGCAGGGCCUUUAUAAGUCCAUGCCAAAGUUCUUCAAGCCGCGAUUAGGAAUGACAAAGGAGGAGAUGCUGAUCUUCAUGGAGGCCAUGUCAGAAACACAGGGUGAGGCCUACGUAAUGUCUACAUCAUUACCUACUACAGUGGUGUGCUACAGCCCACAGGCAGAAAAGGUCUACAAGCUGAGCAACCCUCCCGGAGACCUGCAGAAGGUGGGAACCCUCGUCACCCCUGACAAUGACGUUUUCAUCGCUGGUGGACAAAUUCCUCUCAAAAACUCCAUCACCAACCAUGGAAAAAGUGGUCUGCCGCGGUCCUCUGCGGUUUACCGCUCAGUAGAUAGUUUCUUCUGGUUUGAUGCCCAGCAGAACACCUGGGUACCAAAGACCCCCAUGCUGUGUGCCCGUAUCAGGCCCUCACUGGUCUACUGUGAGAGUUUCAUUUAUGCAAUUGGAGGCGAUAACGUAGGAGGAGAGCUGAACAAGCGCACAGUGGAGCGCUACGACUCAGAGAAGGACGAGUGGAGCAUGAUGAGCCCAUUGCCCUUCGCCUGGAACUGGAGCACCUCCGUGGUGGCACACAACUGCAUCUACGUGAUGACGCAUGACCUGAUGUACUGUUACUUCCCCCGAGCCGACACCUGGGUAGAGAUGGCCAUGCGCAAGUCCAGCCGCUGCUUUGCCUCUGCAGCUGCCUUUGGUGACCUCAUCUUCUACAUUGGUGGCCUCCACGUGGUCAGCAACUCUGGCAUCCGCUUACCGACAAGCACCAUUGAUGGCUCCUCUGUCACCAUGGAGAUCUAUGAUGUUAAUAAGAACGAGUGGCGCCAGGCUGCCAAUAUCCCUGCCAAACGUUAUUCAGACCCGUGCGUGCGGGCGGUGGUGCUGCUCAACUCUCUGUGCAUUUUCAUGCGUGAAACGCACAUGAACGAGCGAGCCAAGUACGCCAUCUAUCAGUACGACGUGGAGUUGGACCGUUGGUGCCUGCGACAGCCUGUGCCGGAGCGCGUGCUAUGGGACCUGGGGAAGGACUUCCGCUGUGCGGUAGGGAAGCUCUACCCUUCCUGCCUGGAGGAGUCUCCCUGGAAACCCCCGACCUACCUCUUCUCCCCCGAUGGAGCGGAGGAGUUUGAGGUAGACGGUGAGCUGGUGUCCCUCCCUCGUGUAUAGCCCCACCCCAUCCCCCCCAAUACCUCACAGCUGUAAUGCAGAGGGAUGAACCUAAAGGUGGGGGGCAUGGAUCAGUACUCUGAGACCCGAUGGUGUUUGUCUGUGCCCUGGAGGCAGUUACAGACUUCUGUGGCAUUAGUAAAAGUUUCAGCUGUUGAUUUUGAACAGUGCAGCCCGGCUUGGUGCAAAGUGAUGCCCCUCAAAAUAUGACUAAUUUGAAAGUGUCAGUCUGGGACUUUCCCCACCCCCCCAGCCUGUGGCAUGUUAGUCAUUAUUACCAAAUGUCACAGUGUUUCUAAAAAUGUGGUCAUCUAACUGUUAGCUGAUGAUGCAUUUAACUGGUAAAUCUUCUUAAGAGAAAAAACCCACCCCUCACUCUCUCACCACUAUUAAAGGAAUAAUCCACUGAAAAUCUGUUCUGAUACUCAGCUAUAAAGGAGGCUGGAGCUCCAAUAAGGUUAAUGUCACUGAUAUUUCAGUAGAAAGAGUUCAGACAUUUAUAAAAUGCCAACAAAAAGUCCAAAAUAUGUUGUUUUUGGGAGUGUGUAUAAACUGUAAACUUCAGAUUGCUUUAUGGUUGUUCAUUAGAGCAAAACAUUUGCUCUUAAUUGUUCUGAGGUUUGGCCUAAAUUAGAGUUGAUUCAUGACCAGAGGGUCAUGGGUUCAGUCCGCCAACCACUCGGGAAAAUGUGGGUGUGGAAGAUGAAAGAAGAGGACUUGCUUCACUCUCAUAACCGUCACUAAAGUGCCCUUGAAUAAGGUGUGCCUGAACAUGACGUACUGGGAACUACUUUGAGCGUCCAGGU